AUGAAGGCAGCCGGAUGGGAACAUCAGGUCCAACAGGAGUUGCAAAGCAGCGAGCGGCCGAGCAAGAUCGAUGAAGUCAAGGAGUCGUCACGUAGCUGGGCCUGGCAAUCGCUGAAGCCCCUGUUUUUUCAGGUCAUCUAUGGCAAUGGUAUUGAUACCGCAGCUGUUCAGCUCGAACAGCGAAAGAAAAGUUGGUCCAACUAUACUCUGAAGGCCCUUUUGUUCGCUUGCGCCAUGUUGUUUUCCGCGUACAAGAAUCUUUCUUCAUCAACAUCAAUCACCAUCAAAAUAUUGUUUGUGCUUGACAUUGUGGUCUUCUUCAUCAUCGAUGGAGUACUCUACAUAAAUAUGCCUAAUUGGGGCAAUGCCUUGGUCUGCAUCUCAUGCCUCCUUCUACAAGUGGCCUUGUGCCUUCUAACUGUCCCGUUCAACGGAUGCUACGCCUUCGCCAUCCUCGUCGUGGUGUUCCUGAUCCUUAUUGUUGCCUUCCUUCAACCAAAGUUUCAGCAUUCAGUAAACACGUAUGUGCUGCCCUCCUUCACCACCAGUGAUGGUGAUACACAGGGCGACAUCGAGAAUCAUUACUUGAACCAUUUAUUCGACAUAUCAAAUGGCAUUGCCACUUGUGGCGGCCUGGCCACUGGGUUCAUGGGAUACUACUACAUGGCAGGGCCAGUCACCGCAGCUGGGUUCUUGUUCUUCUCCACUGUACUUCUCGGGCUCUAUCUGAUGAUGGUCAUAGCAAUGAGAUCUGUCUCUCCACCCCAUGCCGCCUGCCUCGCCAUUGUGCUCACAGUCCUCCUCCUGCUCACUAUCAUUACCGCCUCAAUCUCAUUUGUUCACCACUCAGUGACCAAUCCACAUGUUGCAAAGUAG